ACAGCUGGCGGAAGGUCCAGCCCUCGCUGGGAGCAGAGAUGGAGAAUGGGAGCAGUGGAGUUGGAGUUGAGUUGAGUGGGCUGGUUCUUGUUGAGUUUCAGAGUAUCAGACUGAGGAUAACUACACAAAUCUGAUGGAAAACUAAUGGAGAAUAUAUCUUAAUUAGUAGCACCUCGGUUUUUUUCCAGGGGCAGCACUUUUAAACCGUGUUUUAUUGAUAUUUUGUUGAUAUAUAAGAGCUGAGCGAUGAACCGAGCGUUCUCCUUCCCCGUGGCCAGCGAGCGGAGCCGCUAUAAGGAGCGGCUGGAGGCGAGUCUGGCGGGGCUCCUGGAGCUGGAGGUGCUGAAAGAGCGCCAGGAGGGCCUGGUUCUGGGGGCCCUGGCUCUCCUAGACCCGGGGUGUGGGCGGCCCGCCUGGGGGCUCCUCCGGCACGGGUUCAGCCUCUCCCCGGCCAGAGCUGGAGAACAGUCAGCUCUGAAAGAACAGCAGGGUUUGAUGGCAGUUCUUCAGCAGCAAGUAGGAGAGCUGAGGGUGGAUGCAGAGAGCACUUCGUUGGAAAACACGACUGACACAGGAGACAGUGGUCCAAAUUCAGGAGAUGUUUGUUUGGCCAGUCGAGAUGGACUGCAGGUCAGUGGAGUGCGGCCCCUGGUUCCUCGCUCCUUUUCAGCUCCCCAGCCAACACUAACGCCUGUUGCAGAGAGAGGAGGAGAAGGGGAGCAUUGGCUCUGGCCAGCAGGUGAUGCAGUAGGAGAGGAGGACUUUCAGCAGUCACAGCGUGUGGAGACCUAUAUCGUGGGCUUGAUCCAGCGCCGCCUGUUGAAUGCCAGGCACUGCAAACCACGAACCAGUCUGAGCCCUGAGAGCAGAGGAGUGGUAAGGCAGAGUAGCCUCUGCAGCAAGGAGCCUCCUUAUGCACGUGAGUGCCGCAAGGCUUCACCCAGCCCGGAAAAUUCACCAGCCUGGGCCUCAUAUAGCCUGGAAGACGAGCGGCUUGGAGGCCUGUCUCAUGAGGAGUCCCUCCCUGUGCACUACCCCAGGCCUCCUGCACUUGCUGAAAUCCGCUCCACUUCUCUGGACUUUCCCUGCGGAGUUCUGGAGCCCAGCAGCAGUGAGGCAGACUCGCACCAAAACUACCAGGUCCCGCACUCACCUUCUUCAGAUGAGCAGCUGGUGAAUGCCCAGUACAUCCCAGCUCAGCCAUGCCGGGCUCCUGCGAGGACCAAAACACAUCGUGCCCACCCUGCUUCCAAUCCCAAAACCAGCCGUCCUUCACACUCCCCAGAAAGAGUAGAGAGAGGACAGUCUAAGUCAAGGGCUGUCCCAAAGAAGUGCCGUUUCACAGAGGAAAGGGCAGCUACUAAGAAGCCUGGUCGAAGGGCCUGCCGCUCACAGUCAGAGAACAGCCUGCUGGGACAGAAGGGGGCAACCGAGCGGAAGUACAGCACAGUGGAACGGGACAAUGGACGUGCCACCCAGCCCAAAAGUCGCCGCAACCAAGGUGGCCUGGGGCAUCGGCGCUGGCGCUCCACACUGGAGCUCAGCCAGGAUGAAGCUGAACCUCCUCCACCUCCACCUGAGCAGGCAGCAAGACGUUCCCGCAGACCCCGUCCUGCCCCACCUCCUUACUCCUACAACCAGGCUUCUCAGCAGCACCAUCAUCAUCAGCACCACUUUCAGCACCAUCAGGUCCUUCACUCUCCGGACUACCUGCCCUGCCGGCUAGAGGGGGGUUAUAAGCAUCUGGGUCCCACAGAGUGGGAGUCCAGUCUGAGCGAGGGUGAGUCUCCAGGCUCCAGCUCCAUGUCCAGUGACUCAGAUGAGAGUGGAGGACUGGUGUGGCCACAGCAGCUUGCCCCCCAGCUGGCACCAUCCUCUCCGCCUGCUCCUCCUGGAGCCCCGCUGCAGACAAAAGCCUUAGUCAAGAUUAAAGCUUCUCAUGCCCUUAAAAAGAAGAUCCUGCGAUUUCGGACUGGAUCCCUGAAAGUCAUGACUACUGUCUGAGCUACAGGGUGAUGUUUCAGUUGUUCCUGGCCUUGAUUUGGAAGUACCCUUGCUAAGAACAUUUAAAGGGUUUUGUGUACUCUGAAGCUUGGUCAAUAUAUACCUAAUCUUGAGGAGAUACAAUGCCCAAGGAACUAAGAUCAGAACUGUUUGUUGAGUUCCUGGGUUCUAUGUAUGACUGGUAUUUAAUGGUGUUUUAAAGAAAGAAACCCUAUGCAGGACAGGUACUCCAGGAACAAGACCAGAAACCACUCUUUGGUACACCAUGUCCUACAGCCUAAAUAAGGUCGAAGUUAAUCUGCCUCAGAUUUAUGGAAAAUCUGAGCCUAAAACCAUCCCUGUAUAUAAGUGUAUGUGGUUGAAGGUGCUUGUAUUUAUGAUUGUACUCUGUAAAUAAAAAAUUGGGACCAUGUCA